UCUGGUCUCUGUGGCGUAUUAUAUAGAGAGAAUAUAUGUUUGUGUGGCUUGUACUCGUUUGCUGCAUCUGUCGCUCAGCACGGGUUGAUUUCUCAGCGGUAAAGCUAGGCUAACGUGCUAAUCCGUUUGAUUUGAAAUGAAGCCCCCCUCUUGGCCGUAACAUAUCGUGUGCUUGUUGGUCUUGCAUUGAACGACGAAAAUUGAAGACGUGAGCGAGACUGCAAGGGAGAGAAAGGGUGGAGGGGGAGGGAAUGUGAGCACUUGAACGCAACAUGACUCGUUUGAUUGCCAUACACAUAAACUCGACCAAGACCCUCAGAAUGGAGGUGGAGGGCUGGGAUUCAAGUCUGGGGGAAGAGCUCGGUGUCUCUCUGGACGAGUUGAAGAAAUGGAUCGACGAAAUUGUGGAGAAAAGUGAGGUGGUGCAGAAGAAGCAGGCUCAGCUCACCGAGCUGACAGAGUGGGUGGAGCAGAAGGAACAAGAGGAGGCCGCAACGGAGAAGCUCCUCAAUGACGCCAACAAGUCGCUGGUGGAGUGUGAGAAGCUGGUGAGGGAGACCUACCAGAAGAAUGGCCUGGUGUACAAAAGCAGCUCAGAGGACGAAGACGGCGGUGGGGGCCUGCUGGCCUCGGAGGUUAUUGAGAUAGAUGAUGAUGACGACGAUGACGACGUCAUUGCUGUCGGCUGCCUGGUCCCGCCACAGAAACCCUGCAUUACAAUCCAAGAGACAAUGGAUACGUCCACUGCACUUAAGAAAACUGCUGAACAGGUCAACAAAUUAGUCCAAAUAGUCACCAGGCCUUCUUCAGGGACUUCAUUACCCAGAUCGCCAACUCAGCCAGGUACCUACCCUGCACCGCCAGCCGUUAUUGUAUCUCAGAUUCUUGCCAAUCCUGUGGGCCACACUAGCCCCAAAAAGAGAGAAGAUGAGCUCCGAGUGGGCAUGAGCAUUCUGGGAAAGAAACGCAUGAAGACCUGGCAUAAAGGCGCCCUUGUUGCCAUCAACGCCAUCGGCUCAAAUACAUUUAAAUACAAAGUGAAGUUUGAUAAAGGCAAGAGUCUGCUCUCUGGGAACCAUGUGGCUUUCGAUUACAACCCCACCCUAGAGAGUCUGUUUGUGGGGGCCCGUGUAGUGGCCAAGUACAAGGACAGCCACCAAAUGUGGCUCUAUGCUGGCAUCGUAGCAGAGAUGCCCACCACCAAAAAUCAAAUGAGGUUUUUGAUCUUCUUUGAUGACGGCUACGCUUCCUACGUGAACCUACCAGACCUCUUCCCUGUGUGCAGACCAAUGAAACGUACAUGGGAGGACAUCGAAGACACGUCGUGCCGAGAUUUCAUUGAAGAGUACAUCACAGCAUAUCCCAGCAGGCCGAUGGUGCUCCUCAAAGUGGGCCAGAUCAUCAAAACAGAAUGGGAGGGAACCUGGUGGAAGAGUAAAGUCGAAGAAGUGGAUGGCAGCUUGGUCAAGAUUCUUUUUCUGGAUGAUAAGAGGAGUGAGUGGAUCUACAGAGGCUCCACCAGGUUGGAGCCAAUGUUCAAUUUGAAGAUGACCACUGCCAACACCCAGGAGAAGAAGCUGGCUGGCCAGCUGAGAACACGACCCAAUAUGGGUGCAUUGAGGAGUAAGGGCCCUGUUGUCCAGUACACCAGUGACGGUCAUGUUGGCGCCUCUCCCAUUGGAGCCUCUCCGGUUAAGAGUGUACUCCCAGCUCAAACUCAACAGACACCAACAACCUCACCAAGCAGUCAUGUCACUCAAUCGUCACGUCCUGACAGCAAACAUCAGAUGGCCAAGAAGAGUACUUCUCCUUUCGUUCCAGGUGUAGGCGGCACUCAUGCUUCCAAAGUUAUGCAGUCUCUCACCUCCAGCCCUGGCAACAUGCCAAGAAUAAACAGUCCCGCAGUGAGUACCAGCCCAGCUCAUUUGCAACCCAGACUGGUGACCACUCCUGCCACCCCGCCCAUAAUGCCCCACCCAGUAGCCACCAUUCCGCACCAGCCGUCCUACCGCGCCCCUGCCGACCGUAUCUUCUACAUGGAGCACAUUUGCCAGCCGGCUUGUUUGAACCGCGUUCGGCCGGCAAAGCCGGACAUUCACCGGGGAAAGAACCCUCUCCUCAUACCGCUGCUGUACGACUUCAGACGCAUGACGGGGCGGCGCAAAGUCAACCGCAAGAUGACUUUCCAUGUGAUCUACAAAGCCCCAUGUGGCCUCUGCCUACGUAACAUGGCCGAGAUCCAGCGGUACCUCUUCCAGACUACCUGUGACUUCAUCUUUUUGGAAAUGUUCUGUCUCGACCCCUACGUGCUGGUGGACCGCAAUUUUCAGCCGCUGAGGCCCUUCUAUUACAUCCCAGACAUCACUGGAGGAAACGAGGAUAUCCCGCUCUCCUGUGUCAACGAGAUUGAUUCCACACCACCCCCUCAAGUUGCCUACAGCAAAGAGCGCAUUCCUGAAGACGGAGUGUAUAUCAACACAAGUACAGACUUCCUGGUUGGGUGUGAUUGCACCGAUGGCUGUCAGGACAAGUCCAAAUGUUCUUGCCACCAGUUGACACUACAGGCUACCGGUUGCACUCCGGGAGGACAAAUAAACCCAAAUGCUGGAUUUCUUAACAAGCGCUUAGAGGAGUGCCUCCCCACAGGUAUCUACGAGUGUAAUAAGCGGUGCAAGUGUUGCUCUCAAAUGUGCACCAACCGAUUAGUGCAGCAUGGUCUGCAGGUGCGUCUUCAGCUCUUCAAGACCCAGAACAAAGGCUGGGGCAUCCGCUGCUUGGACGACGUGGCCAAAGGCUCGUUCGUCUGUAUCUAUGCUGGUAAAAUCCUGACAGACGACUUUGCUGAUAAAGAAGGCUUAGAGAUGGGCGACGAGUAUUUUGCUAACCUGGAUCAUAUUGAGAGCGUAGAGAACUUCAAAGAAGGCUACGAGAGUGAGGCUCACUGUUCUGACAGCGAGGGCAGCGGUGUGGACAUGACCAGGUUAAAAAUCCAACCGUCUGCCUUAGUGACUAACUCCUUCGGACGGCAGGGCAAAAAGGCUGGGAGCUCUAGGUCAUCCGAGGAAAGCAACGAUGAGGAAGAGAAAGAAUCAAAGAGUGACGAGAGCGACAGUUCAGACGACACGUUUGUCAAGGACACCUACUUCAGCAGCAGCUCUGUGUGGAGGAGUUAUACCACCCGCGGACAGGCUAAAGGCCACAAGGAAGGGAGUCAAGACAGUAAGGAUGGCAAUCCUACCCCGUCCAAAGGCGAAGAAAAGUCGCUCCCUGUGCCAGAGGAGAUGGGAAAAAGCAAAGUGGCAUCGUGGCUCACCAGCCAGGGAAUUAAGAAGGACCCUGGAGACAAUAAGAGCCAAGUGAAGCCCGACAUGGCAAAGAAGCCGGACGUGACGACGCUUUCAGACAGCGAUGACGUCCAAACCAUCAGCUCAGGAUCUGAUGACAACAAGGAGAAAGAGAAAGCCACCCUGGGUGUGGUUAAGAAGCAGGUGGCUGUGAAAUCCACCCGCGGCAUCGCUCUAAAGACCGGUCACGGCAUGAUGGUGAAAACGGGCGUGCCUGGAGCCGGGGUGUCCCAGGGCGGCCUGGGAGGGAAGUCGGGGCAGCAGGGACAGACUGGCAUGGGUGGGGAGACCGGCCCCAGAAACACCCGACAAUUCUUCGACGGGGAAGAGUCGUGUUACAUCAUUGAUGCAAAGCUGGAGGGAAACCUCGGCCGCUACUUGAACCACAGUUGCAGUCCUAAUCUCUUUGUCCAAAAUGUCUUUGUGGACACGCAUGACUUGAGGUUCCCAUGGGUGGCUUUUUUCGCCAGCAAGCGCAUCCGGGCUGGCACGGAGCUUACGUGGGAUUACAACUAUGAGGUGGGCAGCGUGGAGGGUAAAGUGCUGCUAUGCUGCUGCGGCUCCACCGAGUGUAGAGGAAGACUGCUGUGAGCUUGACUGCUCCAGUGAAACAUAACAAAAAGCUGUAAUGUUUUCUUUUAAGUUGGAAUUUUAUAACACCUAUUUUUCAUUUUUUCUAUUCAUUCAUUUCAUCAAAAAAAAUGGUUUGCAUUUGAAUAAAAUGUCAUUUUCUUUAAGGAAAACA